CUUUAUUUUUCUUUUCCUUCUGUAAUUUUCCUCUUCCUCUCCAACCUAAAGCUUCACAGAUAUCUCGUGACAAUUUUGGAAAUGGCGACCUCCGCCUUCAAAUCUACUUCCCGUAGAGGAACCGCCAACUCCAAUUCAAAUUCUUCAUCUUCCAAAGCUCCUCCGUUUGUCCGAAAGCGUUCCUUGAGUGUAAGCUCAAUUUCCAGAACUUCGUCAAAAUUCGACAUUGAUUCAGAAUUCUCCAAUAAGUGCGACAAUCCUCUCUUCUGCACCGAGAAUGAAAAAGGUAAACUCAAAGAAAAGGAGAAUUUUGGUGUUACGAGGAAAAAUUCAGUUAGUGAUGUUGUGGAAGAGAGGGGGCGGACGGUUAAGAGAGACUCCGGUAUUAAAAAUGGAAUUGGUCGGAGUAUUUCCAGAGUUCGAGGUCGUUCUGUGUCCAGAGGACACUACGGAUCUGCUUAUGAGAGUGAAAAGGAGCUGCAAUCAAACACCACCCAGAGAGUUUCAUCGAAAAAGGUAGCUAACAGUUCCCAAAAUUUCAGUUUAGUUAGAAAUGAUACUGAAAGAAGCAGACAAGCCAAGAGCUCACCAGGGGCAAUGAGGCAUGGUCAAGUCACUGAAUAUUCUGAAGAUGAUUCUGCUAGUAGUCUGCAUAUUUCAAAUUGGGAAGAUGGAGUUUCUGCAUGUUCUUUGUCAGAAGCCGAAGAGAAGACCAUAAAAGCUGUUUGUGACCAAAUGAAGUCAGUUCGAAGUGACCAGUGGGGUGCUGAUACUGCUACUAGCGGAAUAUAUGAGACUGUUCGCUCCGAAGUGAGGCGUGCUAUUUCUGAUAUUCAGACUGACCUUGAAGAUGCUAUCCGACGGAACAAUGUUAAUGCUAUUACAACUGCUAAUGUUGCUGAUAUCCCACCUAACUUGGUCAACUCUGAGGCUGUUGAAUUAAUGUCAGAUGUUCGAAGGGAAUAUGCCAGAAAACUUGAUGAGUCUGAAGAGAGGGCUAGAAAACUUCGAUCAGAUCUUGCUGUUGAAGAGCAUCGAGGCCAGGAGAUAAGUAGGAUUCUCAAGGAGAUACUGUCUGAUCCAAAGCCCUCACCUCCUCAGAGAUCUCGUGCAGGAAGAAAAAGAAGUAAUGAGAGGAAAAAAAUGACUAAACGUCUUACUGAAGAAGCACUGACAUAUUUUGAUGAAUGUGUAUCCAUAUCAACUUUUGAUAGCUCUGACUUCUCAGCACCAGAAUACCCAUCUCAUAGCUCUGUUGGAGCUACUACUACAACUGCUGUAGCUGUUCCUGUUCCUGUCCUACUAGGGAGUCCAAGCGCUAUGUCAACGUCUUUCCCUAUGACAGGCAGCCACAUUCAAAACACAGAUGGUCAUGAAGAUUCAAGUUUAACCGCUAACAGCUGCAAUGAUGAACCUCUACUAUAUCAAGUCAAGCAAAAAGGCAGUGAUCCAGGACAACAAUUCCAGUUCUCUUUUGGUCAGAAGUCACCGGAAAGCAAUCAGGUUCAUGAGGACUUGAGGAGUUACAUUAAGCAUUUUGAGAAAGAUACAAAUAAAGAUGUGUUCUACUCGGAUAGUGCCACAGCCUUUUAUGAUGCAAAAGAAUAUAGUUUGCAAGGUCAUACAGAAAGCUUACUUUUUGGCAGGGUAGCCUUCAGAAACAGGAUAGAUUCUGGAGGUUUGUACCUGUGUAAUGGAGGUUUUCCAAUUACUUGUUUCCCAUUUGGUUUUACUUGAGAAUUUUGUGGCCUUUUUUCCGCCAUAUGCAAACAAGGGUCUCGAUUUUGUUCUUUUUUUCAAAAAUGCAUUCAACUUUUUGAAAAGUAAAAAGUAAGUGUAGAAAAUCAGAGAAAGAAAGAAGAAAUGUAAGGUCGAAGAUAGCUAAUUGUACACUUUUUAACACCCUGCAGCUUCUGGUUGUAAAUAGGUUCAUUUGGAGCUUAUAUUUCAAGCACACUUUUUAACAUCCUGCAGUUUCUGGUUGUAAAUAGGUUCAUUUGGAGCUUAUAUUUCAACUUUAAUUUGUUUUCUUUUAUCUAUAAUUAUUCCUUUGGAA